GCGGUUCGCGAUGACACUAUGACUCCGUGCUCGAGUGUCGGCGCGGCGCGAAUUCCUCGUCUUGCACCUGACACAGUUUCGCGUCACCGUUUUAUAACGGCACGUAACGUCGCACCGCGACUCGUACUUCGGCAUCGACUGUCACUUGUCGGAGCAAAAAGUUUGUGAGGUUAAUUCCAGCCGCCUUUGACACAAGCCGACGACAUUACGCGGCGCGUGAUAUUGACCUGCGGCGUAAGAUGGCCGCGCACACUACGAUCGUCGACGUUCUUGGACACCGCACGGAAUUAUCACGUGCAAUAGGAAAGAUUCGAUUUCGAUCGUCGAUGGAGAAUCCGCGACGACGAUGGAAGACAAGGACGAGCUGGUUCAGUGCCUCGAGGAGAAAAUCACCAGCGGCCGCAGUAUGAUCGAGCGACUGAAGCUCAUGGACAAGAUCGAUGGGAUUGAGAAAUUGAUACGAAAGAUCCAACAAGAGAUAAAGUUUCUAGAAAAAGUGCAUUGUGCAGGGAACUUGAAGAAGAAACAUUUACAAAGUACGAAUCUGAUUCACCUUAAUGCUAUAGUGGCUAGAUUAUCUUGCGCAAAGGAUCUCGUCAGUGUGAUGAGACCUUUUAAGCAUCAGAAGUCACGUUUGGAAGUUGAUAUAGUGUGUAACAAUGGCGCUUCAUGGGUGAAGGUUAUAGCGAGAAAUGCUAGAGCCUUAACUUUGAUAUCCCUUGGUAAAGGAGAAUAUGGACAGAAAUCUAUUCUGGAUCAAGCUAAUUUGUAUCUUAUGUGUAGCAAAUGCCAUCUAUAUCACUAUAAGCCACCAGAUGUGAUAUUUCACUUUGCUUAUGGCAUAGAGAUUCCUCUAGCCUUGCGUUUGGAGCAAAUGGGCAUUAUAGUUGAAGGAGAUAGAAUAGAUAUGGAUAAUGAGAUUUUAAACAAACACGAACUGGAAUUGCUGAAAGAUUCUACGAAUGAUUCUAAACAGGACUUGGAUUUGCACUUGUUAAAUACAUCUGCACUCUCGACUGAGAUUAAACUCUUGAAUGUGGAUGUAUCAACGCUAUUGGCUUAUGUUACGAAUAUGUCUAAUGGAUAUAAUAAUUACAUUUAUCGUGAACCACUGCUUACGCAACAAACAGAAAUGGAAAGAAAACGUCCCAUAAAACCAAUUCUGGAAAAUUUGUUUCGUGAGAAAGAACUUAUAGUUUGCCAGACAGCGUGUAAUAAUUUUAUGAAUAUCAUUGAUGUCAUCGGUGGUCCAAAAGAGACGUUGCGGGCUCACGAAUUAUUAAAAAAAGUUCGAAUUGUUGAUGAUAUAACCACUGGUCGAGUUAUGGAACUGCGUUUAGGCGGAAAAAUUAAGGAUCGAUCGCGAUUGGUUUUCGCAACAGGUGAAAAUAUGAAAAGUAUCACUGUUUCUGCUAAUGAAGGAUUUGUAAGAGCGGCACGUAUGCAGGGCAUUGAGUGUACAGUUUUUUUACAUGAACCAAGAUCUCUAUCAGAAAUGAAAGAAAGUAAUGCAAUGAAAAUAGAACCAUCUUGAUAUUACUUAUUAUUUAGGCAAUUACAAAGAAAGUAUAUGCCGACACCAAAUAUACUUUUAUUGCUAAUUUAUUAUAAUAUUUUAUAUUGAAACAAUAUUCUACAUUAUCCCUUUAAAAAGGUUACUAUAUUUCAUCAUUAAUUACCUGAAUAUUGAAUUUGUUAAAUUUCAUCUCUAAAUUUUCUUCAAAUUCUGUAAAAUAUGAAGUAGUUGUUAUAUGAAAUGAUAUAAAAUUAAGUUGUUUAAAAAUAUUCAAUACCACUAAUAAACCCAUAAUACCAUUAAUAAAUUUGUUGAAA